CUGUUCUCCUUGAUGGACAUGAAGCCCCCAAUAUCUCGAGCCAAGAUGAUAUCCAUCACUAAGUCAGCCAUCAAAGCUAUGAAGUUAUAUAAACACGUGGUCCAGAUUGUUGAGAAGUUCGUUAAAAAGUGUAAGCCGGAGUACAAGGUGGCAGGUCUAUAUGUUGUAGACUCCAUUGUCCGACAGUCCCGUCAUCAGUUUGGCAUGGACAAGGACGUGUUCGGGCCACGGUUCACCAAGAACAUCACGGGAACGUUUGAGAACCUCUGUCUCUGUCCCACUGAAGAACGGAGUAAGAUAGUGCGUGUGUUGAAUCUGUGGCAGAAGAAUGGUGUGUUUAAGAUGGAGAUCAUCCAGCCUCUUCUAGAUAUGGCGACGUCUGGUUCCAGCAGUGUUGCAGACACCGAGAUGGACGACCCGGACCCAGGUUUCCCCUCAUCCCCGUCCCCUGUAAAGGGUAAGGUCACCUCAGUAACGGAAAACACUGUUGUGGCGCCUGUCUCUGUCUGUCUGACUCUCUUGUACUGCUGUCCUCCAGGUUUCCCCUCAUCCCCGUCCCCUGUAAAGGGUAAGGUCACCUCAGUAACGGAAAACACUGUUGUGGCGCCUGUCUCUCAGCUUCAGAACUCGGACGCAUUCGCCGCUGUCGCUCAGCUCUUCCAGUCCUCAAAGGGACAACAGCUUCAGCAAAUUUUCCAGAACUUUCAACAAAAUCCGUUAAAGCCUCAGACUCAUCCCUUCCCACCCCCGACCCACAGCCAACCUCAACCUCAUCCUCAACCCCAUCCCCAGACCCACAGCCACCCCCAGCCUCAACCUCAUCCUCAACCCCAGACCCACAGCCACCCCCAGGCUCAACCUCAUCCUCAACCCCAGACCCACAGCCACCCCCAGCCUCAACCUCAUCCUCAACCCCAGACCCACAGCCACCCCCAGGCUCAACCCCAUCCUCAACCCCAUCCUCAACCCCAUCCCCAGGCUCAACCCCAUCCUCAACCCCAGCCUCAACCUCAUCCUCAACCCCAUCUCCAGGCUCAACUCCAUCCUCAACCCCAUCACCAGGCUCAACCCCAUCACCAGGCUCAACCCCAGCCUCCUGCCAACCUCCACCACCUCCACUCCCAGCUCCAUCUCCAGUCCCUGACCCCCGCCCUGGGUACGACCGCUCAGCGACUCCCCCUCCCCUCCAGCGAGCUCAGCCAGCAGAAAACAGCAUUUGACAAGGUGGCUACGCUGUUGGACCGCUUUGACUAUGACGAUGAGCCUGAGGGAGCCGACGAAUCAAAGAAGGACCAGACGUCUUUUACCCAGCAGCCUCCAGGUUUCCCCCAGCACUUUCAACAACACAUGAUGGGCAUGGUCCCAGACCUCACACGCCAGAUAUCUCUGCCUCCUAACGGCCAGCUCCAGGGCUAUGGUUUGCUGCCGGGCCAGGCCUACCCAGGAAUGGUGGUUCCCCCAGGCCAGGCCCUCCCUGGUACAGGACCUCCAGGCUUCCCUGGGGGAUACCCUCCAAACAAGGACGCCUUUGGCCAACACGUGGGCCAGCAGGAACAG